CACUUUCCAAGCCUCCUCUUAAUCCCGAGCUAUCCCCCCAGUCUCUCAGAUAAUUUAAUCACAAUGAUAUAACAUGUCGCUCAAUCGAAUCUCAUUCCUAGAAGGAUGGGAGCGCAACCCAGCUUUCCGCCGGGAUGACACGUCGGACGACGAAUCCGACAGCUACCAGGACCUACCAGAAACCUCGUCCUUGUCCUCCUCAUUCCCAUCCACGUAUAGCAGAAUCAAUUUUAACCCUUAUGCGGGCCCGGGUUGGAAUGAGACCGUUGACGAUCGCGAUGAUCGUCCCUCACUGCUUGGAUCCCUGGGUCUGUCCCCCACGACGACACGGGAGACUCCGCGCGUGGACCCGCUUCGGCCGGCAAGUCCUGCGGCGACACCCAAGGACCCGGUGGGUUGGUCUGAGACAACCGGAGCGUUUGAAGUAAGCCCAGCAAAGCGAAUUGCCCAGGUAUGCAUAGCAGUGAUCUACUGCUUCCUUGCAGCCGGCAUUGCAUUCGGCUUCGCGGCCUUGAAGCCGGUUCUCAUUCGUGAGAAAGUGUAUCGCGAUUUCUGCUCGCGACAGGAACUAGAGGAUAAUGUCGACGUGUGCAGCGGGCAGGAAAUUCGGAUGAACUUGAUGUUCACCAUUGCCGCCGUCGCGACAAACGUCUCUGCUCUACCCGUCGGUACAAUCUUGGAUGCAUAUGGCCCCCGUGUGAGUGGGAUCAUCGGCAGUUUCUGCUUGGCAGCCGGUGCCAUUAUUUUCGGAUGUGCCGAACAACUCCCAUUCGAUGGAUAUAUCCCGGGAUAUCUACUCCUCUCCUUGGGAGGACCAUUCGUAUUCAUCUCAUCAUUCCAUCUAUCGAACACCUUUCCCAAACGCUCUGGUCUCAUUUUGUCCAUGUUAACCGGGGCAUUUGAUGCAUCGAGUGCUCUAUUCUUGAUCUUUCGGCUACUGAGCGAGCAUACCGAUGGCUAUGUCUCUGUCCAGAAGUUUUUCCUCGUAUACCUUGUCGUCCCGGUGUUUAUUAUCGCGGUCCAACUCACCAUUAUGCCCACCACCUCAUACAAAACAGCUGGCGAGCUAGUCCUCCACGCCGAGGUACAAGUCAUGGAAGAGGUCAAUGACCGAGUUGAUGAUACAAUACGCGAUCGCAAUGAAAGCGAGCGCCAACGGAACGACAGACGUAUCCGCCGACAAAGCAUCGUGCACCACAUCCAAGAUCUGCUAGACGACACCGCUUCAAUCACAUCAGGUAUCGACGAUGCCGUUUUCAGCGACCAUCCCCACAGUGAACCACCACGUCACACCAACAAUGGUAUCAACAACGGGAAUAACAACGGGAAUAACAACGACCUCUCCUCUCCUUCAAAGCCUGCCAGCCCGCAACCCCCAGUAAACACAAGUACAAGCGGUGUCUGGGGUGUUCUCCACGGCCAAACAGCGUUGGCCCAACUACGCACACCAUGGUUCAUUUUAAUCACAGCGUUUACGAUCUUAAUGAUGCUGCGUAUAAACUACUUCGUCGCCACCCUCCGCACACAAUACAGCUAUCUCCUCUCUCCACCGCUCUCCAAAAAGAUAAACACCUUCUUCGACAUCCUCCUCCCAGUCGGUGGUCUCCUCUCAAUCCCGUUUAUCGGUACAUUCCUCGAUCAUCUCCGUACCCGGACCGUCCUCUCCAUUCUCGUGAGUACGGCAACCGUUAUCGGGAUACUAGGUUGCAUACCCCACUCCAUACCCGCUGCAGCGGGUAAUAUUAUUCUUUUCGUUUUAUAUCGACCAUUUUAUUAUACUGCUGUUUCGGAUUAUGCGGCUAAAGUCUUUGGGUUCCAGACGUUUGGGAAAGUUUAUGGUCUUAUAAUUUGCCUCGCUGGCGUUGGGAACUUUGCGCAGGCGGGUUUGGAUGAGUUGACGCUCAGGCAUUUCGGGGGUAACCCGGUGCCGGUCAAUGUUUGGUUGACUGUUGCUGUUGCUGUCGUUGGAGGCGCGUUGGUGACUUUUGUUAGUUGGAAGACUAACGCGUUGGCGAAACAGGAGGUACAGGGACAGGCGGUGGUGGAUUCGAGUGUGAGGACGAGGGAUUGGGAGCGGGAACCUCUUCUGGAUGGGGCAGUGCAGAGGACGUAUGUGUGA